AUGUCUGAACCAGCAUACACUGUGGCAUGUGAUAGUGAAACCACAGGAGAGGAGAAAACUUCUUCUACUUUUCCAGAAAUUGCAAUUGGAAUUGACAUUGGCACUUCACAAUGCAGUGUUGCAAUUUGGAAUGGCUCCCAAGUAGAGCUUCUUAAAAAUACUAGAAACCAAAAAUUGAUGCAAUCAUAUGUCACCUUAAAAAAUGAUGUCCCUUUGGGGGGUAUCAGCAAUCAACUCUCCCAUGAACAGGAAAUGUUAUCUGGAGCAGCAAUAUUCAACAUGAAACGCUUAAUUGGUAGGGUUGACACUAAUCCAGUUGUUCAUGCAAGCAAAAGCCUCCCAUUUUUGGUACAAACAUUGGACAUUGGUGUCUGACCAUUUAUCGCAACCUUGGUUAACAACGUCUGGAGAUCCACCACUCAUGAAGAAGUCCUGGCAAUAUUUCUGGUGGAGUUAAGAGCAAUGGCUAAAGUUGCGUUAAAGCGGCCCAUAAGAAAUGUUGUUCUGACCAUUCCUGUUUCAUUUAGUGGCUUCCAGGUGACCCGGAUUGAACGAGCUUGUGUCAUGGCUGGCCUUCAUGUCCUAAGACUGAUGCCUGAACCAACAGCUGUGGCACUGUUAUAUGCACAGCAGCAGCAACAGCCUAUACAUGACAAUAUGGGCAGUGGAAGUGAGAAGAUUGCACUCAUAUUCAAUAUGGGUGCUGGCUAUUAUGAUGUAGCUGUUACUGCUACAGCUGGAGGAGUUUCGCAAAUAAAAGCCUUGGCAGGAAGUCCUAUAGGAGGUGAAGACAUGCUUCAAAAUAUGAUGCGUCAUCUGUUGCCUGAUUCAGAGAUCCUCUUCUCAAACCAUGGAAUCAGCGAGAUCAAAUCGAUGAGAUUGCUUCAAGUAGCAACCCAGGAUGCAAUCCACAAGCUCUGCUACUAGACCAGUGUCCAAAUCGAUGUUGACUUAGGAAAUGGGUCAAAAAUAUGUAAGGUUGUGGACCAGGAGGAAUUUGAGGCAAUCAACAAAAAGGUGUUUGAGAAGUGCGAGAGCCUCAUAAUCAAAUGCUUGCGUGAUGCCAAGGGAGAACCUAAAGAUGUGGCUGACAUAAUUGCCGUAGGCGGAUGUUCAUAUAUUCCAAAAAUAAGGAAUCUUCUCAUGAGUAUAUGUAAAAAACGGGAGCUUUACAAAGGGAUGAACCCACUGGAAGCUGCUGUCUGUGGGGCAGCACUAGAGGGAGCAGUGGCUUCAGGUGUCAAUGAUCCUUUUGGGAAUUUGGACCUGUUAACCAUUCAAGAACCUCUUGCCAUUGGGAUUCGAGCUGAUGGAAACAAUUUUGUACCCAUUAUACCUACAAACACUACAAUGCCAGCACGGAAAGAGCUGGUUUUCACAACUGUUCGUGAUAAUCAAACUGAGGCGCUGAUUGUUGUAUAUGAAGGUGAAGAGAAGAAUGUGGAAGAGAACCAUCUGCUGGGCUAUUUCAAGAUCAUAGGUAUUCCACCAGCUCCCAGGGGAGUUCCAGAGAUAAAUGUGUGCAUGGACAUUGAUGCCUCAAAUGUGCUGAGAGUUCUGGCUGGGGUUGUACUACCAGGAUCUCAACAUCCUGCAAUUCCUUUCAUGGAACUCAGGAUACCAACAGUUGAUGAUGGGCAUGGCUGGUGUGCCGAAGCUCUAAACAGAACUUAUGGAUCUAGUUUGGGCAUGGUUACAGUUCAGAAGAAGAUAUAG